CAAAAAUCAUCAUGACCUCAUGAGCUUUACCGUGAGAAAACAGCAGCAUUUAGCACUCACUUGGCACAGAACUGAAGGACGACUCAAGGACCAGGAUGCUGAGACUUCACUUCGUUUUAUUGCUCGUCUCUUUUCUUAGAGCUUCGGUGCCAGCUGGUACUAACAUACGACUCGCUGGUGGCAGUAACUCCUGCUCUGGUAGAGUGGAAAUCUAUUAUAAUAACCAGUGGGGAACAGUGUGUGAUGAUAGCUGGGAUCUGAAUGAUGCACAUGUGGUGUGUAGACAGCUUAAAUGUGGUAAAGCUGUCAGUUAUCAUCAAAGUGCCCACUUUGGUCAGGGAAGUGACCCAAUAUGGCUGGAUGAUGUUCAGUGUUCUGGAAAUGAAAGUGACAUCACAGAGUGCAGUCAUAAUGGAUUUGGGAAACACAACUGUGGACAUAGUGAAGAUGCUGGUGUUACUUGCUCAGGUACUAACAUACGACUCGCUGGUGGCAGUAACUCCUGCUCUGGUAGAGUGGAAAUCAAUUAUAAUAACCAGUGGGGAACAGUGUGUGAUGAUAGCUGGGAUCUGAAUGAUGCACAUGUGGUGUGUAGACAGCUUGGAUGUGGUAAAGCUGUCAGUUAUCAUCAAAGUGCCCACUUUGGUCAGGGAAGUGACCCAAUAUGGCUGGAUGAUGUUCAGUGUUCUGGAAAUGAAAGUGACAUCACAGAGUGCAGUCAUAAUGGAUUUGGGAAACACAACUGUAACCAUGGUGAAGAUGCUGGUGUUACUUGCUCAGUCCAUAAUCAGAUCAGGCUGAAGAAUGGUCCAAGUAACUGUUGUGGUCGAGUGGAGAUCCAUAACAAUGGCAGUUGGGGAACAGUGUGUGAUGAUGACUGGGACUUAAAGGAUGCAGAGGUGGUGUGUAGGCAGCUUGGAUGUGGUAAAGCCGUCAGUGCUCCUCCUAAUGCACGCUUUGGUCAGGGAAGUGAACCAACCUGGCUGGAUGAUGUUCAUUGUAAUGGAACUGAGAGCUACAUAGAUCAGUGCUCACACAGAGGAUUUGGAGUAGAGAACUGUGGACAUGAAGAAGAUGCUGGAGUCGUGUGCUCAAACAUGCAGGCUCCUACAUUGACUCGGAUCUCCCCAAACUCUGUGGUAUCAGUUGGAGAAGUCCUUCAGUUCAGAUGUUCCACACCCAGCCCAACAUGCACCUCUGUAGACUUCAGUUUAUAUAAAACUGGAACAUCAAUAAAGAAGCAAACUGCAGAGUCUACAACAACAUUUACUCUGACUGUAGAAGCUUCACAUCAGGGCGAGUACACCUGUGAUUACACAUACAGGGAAACAUCCUCCACUUCAUCCAGGAGCAGCUCCAUUAGCAUUACUGUGGUCCAUAAUCAGAUCAGGCUGGUGAAUGGUUCGAGUAACUGUUGUGGUCGAGUGGAGAUCCAGCACAAAGCCCAGUGGGGAACAGUGUGUGAUCAUUACUGGGACUUAAAGGAUGCAGAGGUGGUGUGUAGGCAGCUUGGAUGUGGUGAAGCCGUCAGUGCUCCUCGUAAUGCUCGCUUUGGUCAGGGAAGUGAACCAACCUGGCUGGAUGAUGUUCAGUGUAAUGGAACUGAGAGCUACAUAGAUCAGUGCUCACACAGAGGAUUUGGAGUAGAGAACUGUGGACACAGUGAAGAUGCUGGAGUCGUGUGCUCAAACAUGCAGGCUCCUACAUUGACUCGGCUCUCCCCAAACUCUGUGGUAUCAGUUGGAGAAGUCCUUCAGUUCAGAUGUUCCACACCCAGCCCAACAUGCAUCUCUGUAGACUUCAGUUUAUAUAAAACUGGAACAUCAAUAAAGAAGCAAACUGCAGAGUCUACAACAACAUUUACUCUGACUGUAGAAGCUUCACAUCAGGGCGAGUACACCUGUGAUUACACAUACAGGGAAACAUCCUCCACUUCAUCCAGGAGCAGCUCCAUUAACAUUACUGUGGUCCAUAAUCCGAUCAGGCUGGUGAAUGGUUCGAGUACCUGUUGUGGUCGAGUGGAGAUCCAGCACAAAACCCAGUGGGGAACAGUGUGUGAUCAUUACUGGGACUUAAAGGAUGCAGAGGUGGUGUGUAGGCAGCUUGGAUGUGGUAAAGCCGUCAGUGCUCCUCGUAAUGCUCGCUUUGGUCAGGGACGUGAACCAACCUGGCUGGAUGAUGUUCAGUGUACUGGAACUGAGAGCUACAUAGAUCAGUGCUCACACAGAGGAUUUGGAGUAGAGGACUGUGGACACAGUGAAGAUGCUGGAGUCGUGUGCUCAAACAUGCAGACUCCUACACUGACUCAGAUUUCACCAAACUCUGUCGUCAAACCUGAAGAAGUCCUUCAAUUCAGAUGUUCCACACCCAGCCCAACAUGCAUCUCUGUAGACUUCAGUUUAUAUAAAACUGGAACAUCAAUAAAGAAGCAAACUGCAGAGUCUACAGCAACAUUUACUCUGACUGUAGAAGCCUCACAUCAGGGCGAGUACACCUGUGAUUACACAUACAGGGAAACAUCCUCCACUUCAUCCAGGAGCAGCUCCAUUAACAUUACUGUGGUCCAUAAUCAGAUCAGGCUGGUAAAUGGUCCAAGUAACUGUUGUGGUCGAGUGGAGGUCCAGCACAAAGCCCAGUGGGGAACAGUGUGUGAUCAUUACUGGGACUUAAAGGAUGCAGAGGUGGUGUGUAGGCAGCUUGGAUGUGGUAAAGCCGUCAGCGCUCCUCGUAAUGCUUACUUUGGUCAGGGAACUGAACCAACCUGGCUGGAUGAUGUUCAGUGUAAUGGAACUGAGAGCUACAUAGAUCAGUGCUCACACAGAGGAUUUGGAGAAGAGAACUAUGGACACCAUAAAGCUGCUGGAGUCAUGUGCUCAAACAUGCAGGCUCCUACACUGACUCGGAUCUCCCCAAACUCUGUGGUAUCAAUUGGAGAAGUCGUUCAGUUCAGAUGUUCCACACCCAGCCCAACAUGCAUCUCUGUAGACUUCAGUUUAUAUAAAACUGGAACAUCAAUAAAGAAGCAAACUGCAGAGUCUACAACAACAUUUACUCUGACUGUAGAAGCCUCACAUCAGGGCGAGUACACCUGUGAUUACACAUACAGGGAAAGUAACUCCACUUCAUCCAGGAGCAGCUCCAUUAACAUUACUGUGGUCCAUAAUCAGAUCAGGCUGGUGAAUGGUUCAAGUAACUGUUGUGGUCGAGUGGAGAUCCAGCACAAAGCCAAGUGGGGAACAGUGUGUGAUGAUUACUGGGACUUAAAGGAUGCAGAGGUGGUGUGUAGGCAGCUUGGAUGUGGUAAAGUCGUCAGUGCUCCUCAUUCUGCUCGCUUUGGUCAGGGACUUGACCCAAUCUGGCUGGAUGAUGUUCAGUGUACUGGAACUGAGAGCUACAUAGAUCAGUGCUCACACAGAGGAUUUGGAGUACAUAACUGCGGACACGGUGAAGAUGCUGGAGUCGUGUGCUCAAACAUGCAGGCUCCUACAUUGACUCGGAUCUCUCCAAACUCUGUGGUAUCAAUUGGAGAAGUCCUUCAGUUCAGAUGUUCCACACCCAGCCCAACAUGCAUCUCUGUAGACUUCAGUUUAUAUAAAACUGGAACAUCAAUAAAGAAGCAAACUGCAGAGUCUACAACAACAUUUACUCUGACUGUAGAAGCCUCACAUCAGGGCGAGUACACCUGUGAUUACACAUACAGGGAAACAUUCUCCACUUCAUCCAGGAGCAACUCCAUUAGCAUUACUGUGGUCCAUAAUAAGUUUAGGCUGGUGAACAGUCAGAGUAACUGUUGUGGUCGAGUGGAGAUCCAGCACAAAGCCCAGUGGGGAACAGUGUGUGAUCAUUACUGGGACUUAAAGGAUGCAGAGGUGGUGUGUAGGCAGUUUGGAUGUGGUAAAGCCGUCAGUGCUCCUCGUAAUGCUCGCUUUGGUCAGGGAAGUGAACCAACCUGGCUGGAUGAUGUUCAGUGUAAUGGAAAUGAGAGCUACAUAGAUCAGUGCUCACACAGAGGAUUUGGAGUAGAGAACUGUGGACACCAUGAAGAUGCUGGAGUCGUGUGCUCAAACAUGCAGGCUCCUACAUUGACUCGGAUCUCCCCAAACUCUGUGGUAUCAAUUGGAGAAGUCCUUCAGUUCAGAUGUUCCACACCCAGCCCAACAUGCAUCUCUGUAGACUUCAGUUUAUAUAAAACUGGAACAUCAAUAAAGAAGCAAACUGCAGAGUCUACAACAACAUUUACUCUGACUGUAGAAGCCUCACAUCAGGGCGAGUACACCUGUGAUUACACAUACAGGGAAAGUAACUCCACUUCAUCCAGGAGCAGCUCCAUUAACAUUACUGUGGUCCAUAAUCAGAUCAGGCUGGUGAAUGGUCCAAGAAACUGUUGUGGUCGAGUGGAGAUCCAGCACAAAGCCCAGUGGGGAACAGUGUGUGAUCAUUACUGGGACUUAAAGGAUGCAGAGGUGGUGUGUAGGCAUCUUGGAUGUGGUAAAGCCGUCAGCGCUCCUCGUAAUGCUCGCUUUGGUCAGGGAAGUGAACCAACCUGGCUGGAUGAUGUUCAGUGUACUGGAACUGAGAGCUACUUAGAUCAGUGCUCACACAGAGGAUUUGGAGUAGAGAACUGUGGACACCAUGAAGAUGCUGGAGUCGUGUGCUCAAACAUGCAGGCUCCUACAUUGACUCGGAUCUCCCCAAACUCUGUGGUAUCAAUUGGAGAAGUCCUUCAAUUCAGAUGUUCCACACCCAGCCCAACAUGUACCUCUGUAGACUUCAGUUUAUAUAAAAGUGGGACAUCAAUAAAGAAGCAAACUGCAGAGUCUACAACAACAUUUACUCUGACUGUAGAAGCUUCACAUCAGGGCGAGUACACCUGUGAUUACACAUACAGGGAAAUAUCCUCCACUUCAUCCAGGAGCAGCUCCAUUAGCAUUACUGUGGUCCAUAAUCAGAUCAGGCUGGUGAAUGGUUCGAGAAACUGUUGUGGUCGAGUGGAGAUCCAGCACAAAGCCCAGUGGGGAACAGUGUGUCAUGAUGACUGGGACUUAAAGGAUGCAGAGGUGGUGUGUAGGCAGCUUGGAUGUGGUAAAGCCGUCAGCGCUCCUCGUAAUGCUCACUUUGGUCAGGGAACUGAACCAACCUGGCUGGAUGAUGUUCAGUGUACUGGAACUGAGAGCUACAUAGAUCAAUGCUCACACCGAGGAUUUGGAGUAGAGAACUGUGGACACAGUGAAGAUGCUGGAGUCGUGUGCUCAAACAUGCAGGCUCUUAUAUUGACUCGGAUCUCCCCAACCUCUGUGGUAUCAAUUGGAGAAGUUCUUCAGUUCAGAUGUUCCACACCCAGCCCAACAUGCACCUCUGUAGAGUUCAGCUUAUAUAAAACUGGAACAUCAAUCAAGAAGCAAACUGCAGAGUCUACAACAACAUUUACUCUGACUGUAGAUGCUUCACAUCAGGGCGAGUACACCUGUGAUUACACAUACAGGGAAAAAUCCUCCACUUCAUCCAGGAGCAACUCCAUUAACAUUACUGUGGUUCAUAAUCAGAUCAGGCUGGUGAAUGGUUCAAGUAACUGUUGUGGUCGAGUGGAGAUCCAGCACAAAGCCCAGUGGGGAACAGUGUGUGAUCAUUACUGGGACUUAAAGGAUGCAGGAGUGGUGUGUAGGCAGCUUGGAUGUGGUAAAGUCGUCAGCACUCCUCGUAAUGCUCGCUUUGGUCAGGGAACUGAACCAACCUGGCUGGAUGAUGUUCAGUGUACUGGAACUGAGAGCUACAUAGAUCAGUGCUCACACAGAGGAUUUGGAUUGGAGAACUGUGGACACCAUGAAGAUGCUGGAGUUGUGUGCUCAAAUAUGCAGGCUCCUACAUUGACUCGGAUCUCCCCAAACUCUGUGGUAUCAAUUGGAGAAGUUCUUCAGUUCAGAUGUUCCACACCCAGCCCAACCUGCAUCUCUGUAGACUUCAGUUUAUAUAAAACUGGGACAUCAAUAAAGAAACAAAUUGCAGCUUCUACAACAACAUUUACUCUGACUGUAGAAGCCUCACAUCAGGGCGAGUACACCUGUGAUUACACAUACAAGGAAACAUCCUCCACUUCAUCUAGGAGCAGCUCCAUUAGCAUUACUGUGGUCCAUAAUCAGAUCAGGCUGGUGAAUGGUUCCAGUAACUGUUGUGGUCGAGUGGAGAUCCAGCACAAUGCCCAGUGGGGAACAGUGUGUCAUGAUGACUGGGACUUAAAGGAUGCAGAGGUGGUGUGUAGGCAGCUUGGAUGUGGUAAAGCCGUCAGCGCUCCUCGUAAUGCUCGCUUUGGUGAGGGAAGUGAACCAACCUGGCUGGAUGAUGUUCACUGUACUGGAACUGAGAGCUACAUAGAUCAGUGCUCACACAGAGGAUUUGGAGUAGAGAACUGUGGACACCAUGAAGACGCUGGAGUCGUGUGCUCAAACAUGCAGGCUUCUACAUUGACUCAGAUCUCCCCAUCCUCUGUGGUAUCAAUUGGAGAAGUUCUUCAGUUCAGAUGUUCCACUCCCAGCCCAACAUGCAUCUCUGUAGACUUCAGUUUAUAUAAAACUGGGACAUCAAUACAGAAGCAAACUGCAGAGUCUACAACAACAUUUAUUCUGACUGUAGAAGCCUCACAUCAGGGCGAGUACACCUGUGAUUACACAUACAGGGAAACAUCCUCCACUUCAUCCAGGAGCAAUUCCAUUAGCAUUACUGUGGUAAACCUGCUGCAGCCCAAUAUCUCCUUCAGUGCUGCCAGUGGUUCAUUCCACUGGGGGUCUGAUGGACCAGAUGUGACAAGAGGCUACAGCUUCUCAAUCAUCUGCUCCACUAAACAUCAGUAUCCAGGAGGUUCCUUCCACUUGAAGUUCAGUGGAUCCAACAUCACCAGAACUCAAUUAGCUGUUAACCACUCAGCCAUCUUCAUGUUUCCUGAGGCAGAUUUUGUCCAUCAUGGAAACUACAGCUGUACCUAUGAGAUUAAUGUGUCUUCACAUAUUUUUACCUCCACUGCCAAUGAGGUCCUGGUCAUCACUGUGAAAGCAUCUCUAGCUCCCUACAUUGGUGUUGGAGUGACAGCAGGACUACUUCUCUUCCUAGUUCCACUCAUCAUUUACUUUGUAAAAAGGCAACAAACAAGAAAUUAUCAGCUGAAUAAGACAAACGAUAUGCAGUAUGGCGCUAACAUACGACUCGCUGGUGGCAGUAACUCCUGCUCUGGUAGAGUGGAAAUCUAUUAUAAUAACCAGUGGGGAACAGUGUGUGAUGAUAGCUGGGAUCUGAAUGAUGCACAUGUGGUGUGUAGACAACUUGGAUGUGGUAAAGGUGUCAGUGAUCAUCAAAGUGCCCACUUUGGUCAGGGAAGUGACCCAAUAUGGCUGGACGAUGUUCAGUGUUCUGGAAAUGAAAGCACCAUCACAGAGUGCUCACAUGCUGGAUUUGGAAAACACAACUGUGGCCAUGGUGAAGAUGCUGGUGUUACUUGCUCAGGAUCUAAUCAGAUCAGGCUGGUGAAUGGUUCAAGUAACUGCUGUGGUCGUGUGGAGAUCCAAAACAAUGGCCGUUGGGGAACAGUGUGUGAUCAUUCCUGGGACUUAAAGGAUGCAGAGGUGGUGUGUAGCCACCUUGGAUGUGCAAAUGCCGUCAGCGCCCCUCAAAAAGCUCGUUUUGGUCAGGGAACUGAACCGACCUGGCUGGAUGAUGUUCAGUGUACUGGAAAGGAAUCUGUACUAGAUCAGUGCUCACACAAAGGAUUUGGAGUAGAGAACUGUGGACACAAUGAAGAUGCUGGAGUCGUGUGCUUAGACAUGCAGACUCCCACAUUGACCCUGAUCACCUCAAACUCUGUGGUAUCAAUUGGAGAAGUCCUUCAGUUCAGAUGUUCCACACCCAGCUCAACAUGCAUCUCUGUAGACUUCAGUUUAUAUAAAAAUGGGACAUCAAUAAAGAAGCAAACUGCAGAGUCUACAACAACAUUUACUCUGACUGUAGAAGCCUCACAUCAGGGCGAGUACACCUGUGAUUACACAUACAGGGAAAGUAACUCCACUUCAUCCAGGAGCAGCUCCAUUAGCAUUACUGUGGUCCAUAAUCAGAUCAGGCUGGUGAAUGGUUCGAGGAGCUGCUGUGGUCGAGUGGAGAUCCAGCACAAAGCCCAGUGGGGAACAGUGUGUGAUCAUUACUGGGACUUAAAGGAUGCAGAGGUGGUGUGUAGGCAGCUUGGAUGUGGUAAAGCCGUCAGCGCUCCUUGUAAUGCUCGCUUUGGUCAGGGAACAGAACCAACCUGGCUGGAUGAUGUUCAGUGUACUGGAUCUGAGAGCUACUUAGAUCAGUGCUCACACAGAGGAUUUGGAGUAGAGAACUGUGGACACAAUGAAGAUGCUGGAGUCGUGUGCUCAAACAUACAGAUUCCUACAAUGACUCAGAUCUCCCCAAACUCUGUGGUAUCAGUUGGAGAAGUCCUUCAGUUCAGAUGUUCCAUACCCAGCCCAACAUGCAUCUCUGUAGACUUCAGUUUAUAUAAAAAUGGGACAUCAAUAAAGAAGCAAACUGCAGAGUCUACAACAACAUUUACUCUGAAUGUAGAAGCCUCACAUCAGGGCGAGUACACCUGUGAUUACACAUACAGGGAAAGUAACUCCACUUCAUCCAGGAGCAACUCUAUUAACAUUACUGUGGUCUAUAAUAAGGUCAAGCUGGUGAAUGGUUCAACAAACUGUUGUGGUCGAGUGGAGAUCCUGCACAAAGCCCAGUGGGGAACAGUGUGUGAUGAUGACUGGGACUUAAAGGAUGCAGAGGUGGUGUGUAGGCAGCUUGGAUGUGGUAAAGCCGUCAGCGCUCCUCAUAAUGCUCGCUUUGGUCAGGGAACUGAACCAACCUGGCUGGAUGAUGUUCAGUGUACUGGAACUGAGAGCUACUUAGAUCAGUGCUCACACAGAGGAUUUGGAGUAGAGAACUGUGGACACCAUGAAGAUGCUGGAGUCGUGUGCUCAAACAUGCAGGCUCCUACAUUGACUCGGAUCUCCCCAAAUGCUGUGGUAUCAGUAGGAGAAGUCCUUCAGUUCAGAUGUUCCACACCCAGCCCAACAUGCAUCUCUGUAGACUUCAGUUUAUAUAAAACUGGAACAUUAAUAAAGAAGCAAACUGCAGAGUCUACAACAACAUUUACUCUGACUGUAGAUGCCUCACAUCAGGGCGAGUACACCUGUGAUUACACAUACAGGGAAAGUAACUCCACUUCAUCCAGGAACAGCUCCAUUAACAUUACUGUGGUCCAUAAUAAGAUCCGGCUGGUGAAUGGUUCGAGUACCUGUUGUGGUCGAGUGGAGAUCCUGCACAAAGCCCAGUGGGGAACAGUGUGUGAUGAUCACUGGGACUUAAAGGAUGCAGAGGUGGUGUGUAGGCAGCUUGGAUGUGGUAAAGCCGUCAGUGCUCCUCAUAAUGCUCGCUUUGGUCAGGGAAGUGAACCAACCUGGCUGGAUGAUGUUCAGUGUAAUGGAACUGAGAGCAACUUAGAUCAGUGCUCACACAGAGGAUUUGGAGUAGAGGACUGUGGACAUGAAGAAGAUGCUGGAGUCGUGUGCUCAAACAUGCAGGCUCCUUCAUUGACUCGGAUCUCUCCAAACUCUGUGGUAUCAAUUGGAGAAGUCCUUCAGUUCAGAUGUUCCACACCCAGCCCAACAUGCAUCUCUGUAGACUUCAGUUUAUAUAAAACUGGAACAUCAAUAAAGAAGCAAACUGCAGAGUCUACAACAACAUUUACUCUGACUGUAGAAGCCUCACAUCAGGGCGAGUACACCUGUGAUUACUCAUACAGGGAAAGUAACUCCACUUCAUCCAGGAGCAGCUCCAUUAGCAUUACUGUGGUCCAUAAUAAGAUCCGGCUGGUGAAUGGUUCGAGUAACUGCUGUGGUCGAGUGGAGAUCCUGCACAAAGCCCAGUGGGGAACAGUGUGUGAUGAUGACUGGGACUUAAAGGAUGCAGAGGUAGUGUGUAGGCAGCUUGGAUGUGGUAAAGCCGUCAGCGCUCCUCGUAAUGCUCGCUUUGGUCAGGGAAGUGAACCAACCUGGCUGGAUGAUGUUCAGUGUACUGGAACUGAGAGCUACAUAGAUCAGUGCUCACACAGAGGAUUUGGAGUAAAGAACUGUGGACAUGAAGAAGAUGCUGGAGUCGUGUGCUCAAACAUGCAGGCUCCUACAUUGAUUCAGAUCUCCCCAAACGCUGUGGUCUCAGUUGGAGAAGUUCUUAAGUUCAAAUGUUCCACACCCAGCCCAACAUGCAUCUCUGUAGACUUCAGUUUAUAUAAAACUGGAACAUCAAUAAAGAAGCAAACUGCAGAGUCUACAACAACAUUUACUCUGACUGUAGAAGCCUCACAUCAGGGCGAGUACACCUGUGAUUACACAUACAAGGAAACAUCCUCCACUUCAUCCAGGAGCAGCUCCAUUAGCAUUACUGUGGUCCAUAAUAAGAUCCGGCUGGUGAAUGGUUCGAGUAACUGUUGUGGUCGAGUGGAGAUCCAGCACAAAACCCAAUGGGGAACAGUGUGUGAUGAUGACUGGGACUUAAAGGAUGCAGAGGUGGUGUGUAGGCAGCUUGGAUGUGGUAAAGCCGUCAGCGCUCCUCAUAAUGCUCGCUUUGGUCAGGGAAGUGAACCAACCUGGCUGGAUGAUGUUCAGUGUAAUGGAACUGAGAGCUACAUAGAUCAGUGCUCACACAGAGGAUUUGGAGUAGAGAACUGUGGACACCAUGAAGAUGCUGGAGUCGUGUGCUCAAACAUGCAGGCUCCUACAUUGACUCGAAUCUCUCCAAACUCUGUGGUAUCAAUUGGAGAAGAACUUCAGUUCAGAUGUUCCACACCAUGCAUCUCUGUAGACUUCAGUUUAUAUAAAAUUGGAACAUCAAUAAAGAAUCAAACUGCAGAGUCUACAACAACAUUUAGUCUGACUGUAGAAGCUUCACAUCAGGGCGAGUACACCUGUGAUUACACAUACAGGGAAAGUAACUCCACUUCAUCCAGGAGCAGCUCCAUUAGCAUUACUGUGGUGGACCUGCUGCAGCCCAAUAUCUCCUUCAGUGCUGUCGGUGGUUUAUUCCACUGGGGGUCUGAUGGACCAGAUGUGACAAGGGGGUACAGCUUCUCUAUCAUCUGCUCCACUAAACCUCAGUAUCCAGGAGGUUCUUUUCACUUGAUGUUUAGUGGAUACAAUAUCACCAGAACUCAGUCAGCUCAUGAACACUCAGCCAUCUUUCAGUUUCCUGAGGCAGAUUUUGUCCAUCAGGGAAACUACAGCUGUAUUUAUGAAGUUAGCGUGUCUUCACGUACCGUUACUUCCACUGCCACUGAGCUCCUGGUCAUCACUGUGAGAGCAUCUCCAACUCUGUACAUUGUUGUUGGAGUGACAGCAGGACUGCUUCUCCUCUUAGUUCCAGUCAUCAUUUACUUUGUGAAGAAGCAGCAAACAAGAGAGGGUCAGCUAAAUAACACAAAUGCUAUGCAGCUUGGAGGUGCUGACAGCAUUUACGAGAGUCCCCAAGGAGAGAAUGAGAUGGACAAAGACGAUGUUGAACAAAAUGCAGAAACAGUUUUCCAGCAGGAGGAGAAUUUUCAAAACUCAGAUGAUGACAACUAUAAAGUUGAUUCGGAUGAACAAAGAAGUGAUGUGGGCAAUGACUAUGUGGAUACAGACAUCUAUGAGAAUUGUGUAUGGUAGAGUGCAGUAUUCACAGUCCAGUAACAAAUUACAGUUAAAUUAGAUCAUAAUUUUCCAUUGUUAAGAUAUUAUCAUUGUAAAUGAUAGAUUUACAU